UCUCAUCAAGAUCAUAAGCACUCGUACAUGGACGUGAACGGUCUUAUCUGAUUCUGCAAUAAACCUAUCUUUGUAUUAAGUGCAGACAUCUGAGCUGCUUUAUAACUAUGGAGGAAAACAGAACUGUGAACUUCAGAGAUGUUGCAGAGCACUAUUUCUCAGAUACGAAGGUGGACUGUCGCUACACUAUAAGUAGUCGACACGAUUGGAGCAGUCAUGACUGGAUAGGUCUAUUUAAGGUGGGAUGGCUGACAGUGAAAGAUUACCACACGUUUGCCUGGGCUCUAGCACCAGAAGGGUACCAAACCGGAACAGAUGCCAACUGUAGUGUGGCCUUUUACUCAUCUUAUCUACCAAAACCCGGUGGGGAGGGGUAUCAGUUUGUGUAUGUGGAUGAACAUGGUGAGGUAUCUGCAGUCAGUUCUCCGUUUUCUUUCUGUGCUCCAAAACCUCUGGAUGAACUUGUUACGCUAGAGCAGGAGAAAAACGGCGAGGAAGACGAGGAUGGAGACGACCUGCUGGUGGUGGUGCCGAAGGCUCUGAUCCUACAGAGUCUCUUAGAAGGAUGUCAGCGUGAUUUACAUGAGUUGCAUAAAAGGUUUGAGACUGCAGAUGUUGAGGUGGAGAGAGAGAGGGAGAAAUGGAUGAAGGACAGAGAUGAGUUUGAAAGCGUACGAAAUAAGAUGACGAGUCAGAUUGACGAGUUAAAAGACAACCUGAGGCAAAGCACUGAAAAAAUUGAGGAACUGGAGCAAAAACAAAAGAAAAGCAAAAACAAAACCACCAUUUACCAUCAGGAUGUGCAGAACACCCAUGAAAACAUGUAUGCUGAACUGAAUGGACUACUAGCAGAGAGAGCUGAAAACCAUCAGCGGAUCAGAGAACUCGAACAGGAGUCUGCCACUCUGACUCCACAAAAACAGGACAUAGAGGCCGAGCUGGACAGAAUGAAGGAAAGAGUUAAAAAGAUGACUACACAAAGGCGAGAUGAAGAAAAGGAGAAGAAAGAUUUGCAGAUUGAGAAUGAGCAGACACACACAGAUCUGCGGACCCUACAGGAGCGUCUGGAGGCCAGUGAGCGCAGCACCGAUGCCCUUCGCAGGGAUCUGAGUGAACUGGGAUCCAUGCAGAGCCACAGCCAUGCAGAGCUGCACCAGGUCCGACUGCAGUCGGCACAGAUCAAUGUACAACUGUCCCAGGCCAACCUGGCUCUGCGUGAGGGACAAGCCGUCUGGGCCCAGGAGCGAGAGGCUCUGAGACACAGUGCUGAGCUGGAUAAGGAUCGUGUCCAGAAACUGAGCCGUGAGCUUCAGAAGAAGGAAGAGUGGCUCCAGGAGGAGAGAACGGAGCGAGAGAAACUGGAAGUGGAGCUUGGGAAUGAGAAGGAUUGCAACCGGGAACUGAGAGCCAGUCUGAAAGCCCUGCAGAAGGAGCAAGAGCAACAUCAGCUGGAGAAACAGGAGCUCUUAGAUCAUAUCCGUGUGCUGGAGCUGAGACUGGACACUGAGACAGAUGCCAAGUGGAUGGAGGCAGCGGCUUCACCAACACCUUGCAUUGAUAGCCCUCCAUCAACUGAAGAAAAGCCCCAACAAGAGUCUUUACCCGAGCUGUCUUUAAGUGUGCUAGACAGUGAACAGUUCAGCUCUCAUGGGUCAACAGAGCAAAGCCAAAAGGAUAAUGAGGACGAUAUGAUGGCAAAGGAUCUAGAAGUGGAGCCUUAUUCCAGUGUCAUUGCUGACCAACCUUUACUGCUUUCUGAACACGAAGACAAUCAGUGGUCUUACUGACGCCCCCUCGAGGUGAACCAGAGGUGGACAGAAGAAACCUGUGUUUACAUCAGCGCAUGAAGAUCAUGUGCUCCUGAUCAGUGGGAAAUAUCAGAAGAGUUUUCUGAGCUGGCUUAUUAUGCAAAUUAAUAGAUGCUAAGAGUGCCGUCUGUGGUAGUUCCAGUAGUGUGAAAGUGU